CGGGCUUCUAAAGAGCUCCACCACUGAAAUGCUGUACAGUGGUUUCCAGGCCUGGAAUAUUUUUUAUUUUAGUUAACAUCAAAAUACAUCACAAAGUUUUGGCUUUACUUUUUUAGCAAUGGAUAGAGUUAAAAGAAAAAGAGAAAAAACUACUCUACUCCAUCCAUCUAAGCUGGAACAAAAUUAACAAAUUAAAACAGUCACCAUGGCAUGUAUGUUUCAGUUAAAAAAUGAGGUCGAAUUUCUAGUGAAGUUAUAAUAAUAAUAAUAGGUCUGGCAGGAACACUGAUUAUUUUCAAGGGGUGCAUCUAAAAAAUUAAUUGAUGCAUGUUGGUAAGGAUUUGUUAUUUGAUUGCAGAAUUUGAAAUAUAUCAAAAUAAAAUUCUUAAAUUGUUGUCAUCUUUUCUUCUUUGAAAGACAGUACGAUGAUUGAUUUAAUGAUUGUCAUUAGUAAAAAAUGAGUAUUACUAGAUGAGAAGUAGUCAAGCCAAGUAGCCUAGGCCUAAGUUAAGUUUAAGCUUCUAUCCAUCCCUGUGGCGCUACGGCACAUGAAGGGCUUAUUUGGCCUGCCUCACUACUUCCUUCCACUCAGACCUAACCAAUGCUUUUCUUUUCCAUGCUUGGAUUCCUAGAGUUGUUGUAGAUCUAAUCACAUCAUCCAUCCAUAUAAGCCUAGUGAAACAAAGAAAACUAUACUAUAGAUAAAAAUAAAACUGUUAUCAGACCAGUUGUAACAUAUGCAAAUAAAAUGUAGACCCUUACUAAAACGGCUGAAAACUUAAUAAACACAUGGGAGAUAAAAUUUCUGAAAAUAUACGGACUAACAAAGGAUGAAUAUGGAUGGAGAAUACCAAAAUCAAACAGGAAUUUUAUAGUCUCUAUAAGAAUCGCACUUUAGUAGCAGAAAUAAAACAGGGCAGGCUACCCUGGGUUGAACACUUAGAAAGAAUGACAGAAGUGAAGAGGGUGCACCACUAAAACCCCAAAGGAAAACAGUUCAAAGGCAAACCUAGGCUUAGAUGGAUGGAUGAUGUGGAGAGAGAUUUACAUCAGCUAGGAAUUUAAGCAUGGAAAAGAAAAGCAUCAGUUAGGUCUGAGUGGAAGGAUGUGGCUGCAUGGGCUGUAGCUUCACAUGGAUGGAUGUAUUUUGUGAGGCAGGGGGUUCCCUAGUUCAUUAAAAAGUACCUGACAGGACAAAACUAGUGACUGCUGAUGUGUCAUCCUCAACACCUUUAGGGUCUUCUGAAGUAUUUUAGUGUAUGUUAAACAAUGCCUCCAAACUUUUUUCAUUGACACAUUAAAGUUAUGGACGUAAAUUUUAAAUGUAUAUAUAUUGAUAGUUUUGCACAUCUUAAUUAUUUUUAUUUUAAUUGUCAGAACUUCUACCUCAGAGACUUGUGCUGCUGUAAGUAUAGUAUUAUUGAAUAGUUUUACUGCUUGUAUCAUAUGAUGAAUAUAAUUGGUUGUUAGAUUUAAUCACCUCUCUGUAUUCCAUUUGCAGUACUUAAACUUACAGCAUGUUACUCCUAUAUUUAUGAUCAUUCAGAUGAGAUAUUGUUUUUCAUAACAAUGUGAACAUAAAGACCACUUGCUGUCUUUAUAUAGUUUGCUUGUUUUUCUAUUGCCCUCAUGCUGUUUUGGGAGCACUAUGCUCUGUUUUUUUCUUACCUCAAAGCUUGAAAUGUAAUGAGUUUUUAAGGGUUUUUUUUUAUAAAGUAUUUGCUGGUAAUGCAAUUAACGAAUGCAAUGUUACUAUAAAUUAAAUACAUUUAAGAAAAAUGUGUUGAGGGGCAGUGAAGAAAUGAUUGGAUCCUGUAAACAAAUAACAGGUAUGCUAUUAUAUUCUAUCUAAUUUAUUUAUAAAUGGCACUUUCUGCUUUAGACUAUGGAGUUCUUGCAGAGAAAGGAAGAUUCAAUGAUGAAAACGAAAAAGAAAGAAGAAUUCUCUAAUUUCUUAGAGAAAGAACUAUAUAGGAGUGGUAAAAAAAUGGUGUCAAAGGUAAAAUAAAUAUAUGAAUUUUUUUUAUAUACAUUAAAACAAAGUAUAAACAUAAAACAAAUUAUUUCAAUCUAUUUGAAUAAUCCUCCGAAAAAACAUUUUAGUCUAAAAAGUGAUAAUUUUUAAAAAUGAUCAUACAAUUACACAUAUUUCAUAUACUAUAUCUUAUUAAAGCAACAAAACCUACUAUUUUAUAGCCUGAAUAAAAAACUGUGUGGUCACAAAUUAGUAGUGUGAAAUAAACUGAAGGAAAUUUUCACUUAUCAUCAAUUUUAUUUUCAGAAUAAUUGUGCUGCUGAUAAAUCAGAAACUUCCGCUACCAUGAUAUCCAGUGAAUCUAGUGAGUUUCAGCUUUAUGCUUUUAAUGUUAGAUGUUUUGUAUUAUGAAAAGACUUAGAUUCUUUUCCUUUAUUAAACUCAAACUCCACUAUCAUAGUUUAGUUUAUACAUUAAACCCCAUUUCCUUAUUUUAUUUUAUAUAUUGAACUAAAACUCCACUAUUAUUGUUUAGUUUAUAUUUUUAACUCCACCUGCAUUGUCUAGUUUAGUUUAUAUAUUAAAUACCAACUCCAAUUUUAUGGUUUACUCUCUAUAUUAAAAUUAAACCCCAACUCCACUCUUAUGGUUGGCUUUCUAAAUUGAAAUCUACCUUUGCUGUACAGUUUGGUCUCUAUAUUAAAAUCUAUCAAGUAUUUCAUGGUUUUGUCCCAUAUCCAACUCCAUCUCUGCUGCUGCUGUUGCUGCAAUGACUUAGUUAGGUCCAUGUAUGCAAGUGUAUAUUUUCAUCCUCAUCCUCAUGUCCCUUAGUCCUCGGACCGUUGGGGCGCCACAGAUGACAUGUGAACCAUCCUCAUCCAUUCCUCUCUGUCUUCAGCACUACGCAUUGCAUCGCCCAGUGUUAGUCCUGUCCACUCUUUGAUGUUAUUUACAUUUUGGAAAAUUACAGAAAAAAAAAUCCCCUAGAAAACUAAAAAUUUAAAAUAAUUUUUUUUUGAUGAAAUGCUAUCAUCAAAUCUCACAAGGUUUCCAUUCCAUUUUCAGCCUCUACCAUGUCUAUGGAUCUUUGUCAUGAUGUCACCAACCAACUUAAAGAAUAUGGUAUAGAGCUAGAUGGAUAUCUGCAGUCCCACAAGAAGCAGCAGCAGGAAUUUGAGCGGCACCUACAGAAGAUCUUUGAGGAACACAAACUUCAGCUAAAAAGCAUGUGGGAUGAAUUCAGUUCCAAAACUCUCAAGCAGAACCUACUGCUCAAGGCAGAACUGCGUGAGAUAAAAGAUGGAGCCAAUGAAAUGGAACGAGAAGAUAGGAACCAUAUCAUCAACACACUUAGUAACGCUCAGAAAGAAAUCCAGGCCUCGUUGGUAAAGAUUCAGGAAGAUUUUGAGGAAAAUCGUCAAUUCCAAAGUGAAUUGUUUAGAAAAGAGAAUAAUGUUUUGAAGAAGAAGCUUGGUGACCUGACACAGUCCAUUGAUGCAGACUUUUCCACAGUGAAAGUUAACAUUUCAAAUUUAAAGGAUUCCUCCAAGCACUUGGAGAGAGAGAUACUGAAUGUUAAGCAAGAGCUCCAGAACAGUGUCAGGCCCCCAGAACCAGUGGCAAACUUUGGCCAUGGUGAUGAUGAAGUUGAAAGAAGGGUAGCUUUUCUGCAGGAGGACGAAGAAACCCCGAAUUUGAUGACACAGGCAAAUAACUUUCUAGUGGCAUCUUACGGGUUUCCUUUUAAAUUCUUGAAGUGUCCAAAUUUUUCAAGGGGUGUGUCAUUUUUAUACCAGCCGUUACCUUUGGUUGUGUUUGCAGUUAUGAUGGUGGCAUCCUACUUAUAUUUUAACUGGGGAUCCUUUGACGUCUUUGGUGGCCGAAACAACAAAUUAAGGAAAUGGCUGCCUUGAAUGCUACUCUCUGGCCUUUGUUUACAGCUCUCUGUUUUCUAAGACCCUGGAAAUUGUAAAUUUAAAAAAAAAAAUUCCUUCCAAAAAAUAAGCAGAAAGGAAAGUCAUUUUGGUUAAGCUUUGGCUAUCUCAAUAAUUGUAAAAACUUUUUAAGAUGAACUAAAAUCAUUAAAGUUUGAACCCAGCCCUGGCGGACAAUCAACAACAUCUCAUUAAGUCUCAUUUGUAUAGAUUCAAAAUUGCUCAACGGAAAGUGAAAAAGUAAAAGAUAAAAAAAAAUAUCAAUUGCAACAUUCAUGAGCUUAGAAACAUUUGCAGCUGUAUUUUUUUGAAAGAACUGUGUUAUGUGUCCAUUGGGGAAAAUCUUCAACCAAAACUUGUUUACCCAGCCUCUUGUUCACUCUUUAAUUCUUCCUUCAGGAUAUUUGUUAUGAAAAAUAUCAACAUUUUCUAAUGAGCGUCAAGAUUCUUUAAUCUUCACAAAAUUAUGAGGAACUUAAUUUGUAUUUAAAAUUUAACACAAAAUGUGCUUGCUGUUUAUCUCCCAUUUUUAUGGAAAAAAAAUAAGGCAUCAAAUAAAUGUUACUAUUUUAACGCAUUGCAAGUCAAAUGAUUCGCCAUGGAAGUUGAUGCACAUCACUGUGACAUAAGCAAACUCAGGAUUGUGAUUAGCCUAUAUAAUUUAGUUUUUAGUUUAUUUCAAGACCGUAACAUUAUGCCAUCCUAACAGCAAAGUCAUCUAAAUAUGUUAUUUAAGCAGUGAAG